AUGACCCAGCUGGAGCAAGCUACCGACAUUUCAUCGCCGUUCGGCAAAAUCGAUGGCCUCGACCGGGACGACUUCCGAGAGGCCGCAUAUGAAAUAUUCUUCACGGCGUGUCGGUCAUCGCCGGGGUUUGGUGGUAGAAGCAAUAUCUCGUAUUAUAACCCUUCCGACGAAAGCGGUACCGGGUCAGGACCCGGGUCUCCAAACUCGAAGAAGCCGCCGGGGGUGGGAAUGGCGGUGACUAGCCGAGUGAAGACGGCGUUAGGAUUGAAGAUGUUAAGAAGGUCUCCUUCUCGUCGUGCUAGCUCGUGUGGGUCGAACCCGUCGUCUCCGAGUACGGGUGGAAAUGGGUCCAGCCCCAGAAUGCCGUUAACGGUGCCACUGCAGGCGAGGAUGAAGCGGCCGAUGACGGCGGCGGAGAUCAUGAGGCAGCAAAUGAAGGUGACGGAGCAGAGUGAUAACAGGCUACGUAAAACUCUCAUGAGGACCCUUGUUGGCCAAAUGGGAAGGCGAGCAGAGACGAUAAUCCUUCCUCUAGAGCUACUACGUCACUUAAAACCGUCAGAAUUCAACAAUUCUAACGAGUACCAUUUUUGGCAAAAGCGUCAGCUUAAAAUCCUUGAGGCAGGACUUUUGCUUCAUCCAUGUAUUCCAGUCGAGAAGUCGAAUUCAUUUGUCAUGAAGUUCAGAGACAUCAUUCAGGCCUCCGAGGCAAAGGCAAUAGACACUGGAAAAAAUUCAGAGAGCAUGAAAACGCUAUGCAAUUGCGUCAUGUCCUUAGCUUGGCGAAGCCCCGAUGGUUCCCCUACUGAUGUUUGCCAUUGGGCUGAUGGAUACUCUCUUAAUGUUCAUAUCUACAAUUCUCUCCUUUAUUCGGUUUUUGACUUAAAAGACGAGACUUUGGUCCUUGAUGGUAUUGAUGAGCUUCUCGAGCUUAUGAAAAAGACAUGGUCGACAUUGGGAAUUAGUAGAUCUAUACACAACUUGUGUUUCACUUGGGUGUUGUUUGAGCAAUAUGUGAGGACGGGAGAAGUGGAGCCGGAUCUUCUUGGUGCAUCGCUUGCUAUGUUGACAGAAGUGGCGAGCGAUGCUAAGAAAGUGGAUAGAGAGCCUAUAUAUGUCAAGAUGUUGGGAUCUGUUUUGAUUGCGAUUAAAAGAUGGUCGGAGAAGAGAAUGCUCGAUUACCAUGGAAAUUUCGAUAGGGGAACAGUUGGAUUAAUGGAAAAUAUUCUUCCUUUAGUAUUCUCGACUACAAAGAUACUAGAAGAAGAUGUCCCCAGUUACUAUUCAGCAGCCCAAGGAAAUGCAGAAGUGACUGAUGAUCCAGCUGGUAAUCGGGUGGAUCACUAUAUUCGGUCGUCAUUGCGAAAUGCAUUCGCAAAGAUUCUGGAAGAACACGAUGUGAACGGUGCGAAUCUUGAAGUCCAAGACGUGAGUCAGAUGCUUAUUAAAUUGACUGAAGAAACCGAAGAAUUGGCUGCGAAGGAAAAGGAGAUCUUUAGUCCGGUUUUCAAGAAAUGGCACCCGAUUCCAUCUGGAGUAGCAGCCGUAACCCUGCAUACUUGCUGUGCAACUCUGUUGAAACAAUACUUAACGAGCACAUCCUCACUCACGAAGAGAACAAUCUCGGUAUUGCAGAGUGCUGGGAAACUCGAAAAUGUGUUGGUCCAGAUGGUGGUUGAGGACUCCGUCGACUGUGAAGAUGGAGGGAAAGCUAUUGUCAGAGAGAUGGUACCAUACGAAGUUGAUUCGAUUAUAUUGAACCUAUUGAAACAAUGGAUUCAAGAAAAGCUGAAGAAAGGAUCAGACCUUCUCCAGAGAGCAAAAGAGACAGAAACCUGGAAUCCGAAGUCCAAAACUGAUCCAUAUGCAAAUUCAGCAGUCGACCUAAUCAAAUUUGCCAAGGAAGCUGUGGAGAACUUCUUUGAAAUCCCAAUGAACAUAUCGGAGAAUUUAGUGUAUGAACUUGCUGAUGGCUUAGAACAUCUCUUUCGAGAUUACAUUACCUUUGUUGUAUCAUGUGGAUCGAAACAAAGCUAUCUUCCAAUGCUUCCUCCUCUAACGCGGUGCAGUGGGGACUCAAAGUUUCUAAAGCUGUGGAAAAGAGCUGCUUGCAGUGUUGGAGUAGAUCAUCCAAUGCAAAAUGUAUUAGACGAAAGCAAUAACCGUGCACGUCCUUCAACAAGCCGGGGAACACAACGCCUUUACAUUAGGCUUAACACGCUGCAUUACUUUCUCUCGCAGCUUCACUUUCUCGACAAAAUGUUGUCUUCCUCUCAGAAGAUCAAUAUGCGUAGUCGAUUCAGUAACAGAAAACUUGGGAGUUCCUAUUUUGAACAUAGCCGGUCGGCCAUACAAAUAGCGUGUCAACAUGUAUCAGAAGUUGCUGCCUAUCGGUUAAUAUUCCUCGACUCAAAGUCUGUAUUCUAUGGAAGUUUAUAUGUCGGGGAUGUAACGAAUGCGCGCAUUAUACCAGCAUUGAAAACACUUAAGCAGAAUCUUACACUAUUAUGUGUGAUUGUCACUGAUGGUGCUCAACCAAUUGCUCUAAAACAAGUAAUGAAGGCUUCUUUCGAGGCCUAUCUAAUGGUUUUACUAGCCGGGGGUUGCUCGAGAACAUAUUCCAGGUCAGAUCAUCCGAUGAUUGAGGAAGAUCUCGACCAAUUAAAACGCUUAUUCUGUACGUGUGGAGAAGGGUUGAUUGCAGAGGAUGUUGUUGAAAACGAAUCCGAGAUAGUCGAAGGGGUGGUGUCUUUGAUGACCGAGUCCACCGAGCAAUUAGUCGAGGAUUUCAGCAUUGUGGCUUGUGAAUCCAGUGGGAUUGGUGUUAGUGGUAUAGGGCAGAAGAUACCGAUGCCACCAACGACUGGGCGAUGGAAUCGAUCCGAUCCUAAUACCAUAUUGAGGGUUCUGUGUCAUAGGAAUGAUAAAGUCGCUAAUAGCUUCUUGAAGAAAACAUUCCAGUUAGCAAGGAGAUUGGGAUGA